UUCAUUCUUAAAAGGCCAGGUGACCUGUUAUAUGUGAGCCUGGCCCAUGACACCACAGUGGCCUAUGCAAGAUGUAGGCACGCCUUGUGAGGUACGCAGCCAACUGGAGUGUAAUUUAAAAUAAUCUAAGUGUGAGCGAGAGCCGGCACACACCCUCUGCCCCACUGUGAGCACAGUGAGCCCAUUCACAAUCAUCUUACUUCACAGUCAAAUCCAGCACAGUCAGAAUCUAUGUGUCAGAUGUCUGUUCAAAUAGCAUGUGUACUUGGGGUUUCCCACAAUUGGCUCAGGAAGUCUGAUUGUUCAUAAAUCCGUAAGUUAUUUUAUCAGGCAUGUAUGAGGAGGGCUUACAGACACAGUGGCAGUUAAAGUGAGAACCAAAGGUUCUCAGAACCUGCAAACAUCAUGGCUGCUUUUUCCAGUUUUACUUUAUUUAUAAUUCACAUGGCUGAGGACCAUGAGGACGCAAUGCGCAGAUGCCUGUCACACUGGGAGUCGAUACUAUUUACAUAACAUUUACUGUAAAAAAAAUCCCUGAAUGCGUGUGUGUGCGUGUGUGUGUGUGCGCGCCCCCAUCCAAGGUGUCUCCUGCUUUCUGUCCCUUGUUUCCUGGAACAGUGCAGCACCACGUUACCCUCCGUAUCGACUGUUCAUCUUCGUGCCGUAAUGCAAGCGCCUGCACGCCGCACGCCAGCGGUGACCGGGGGCCCUGUGCCAGUGUAUAGCGAUCGCGCGCUUAGAAGGAGCAGCGCGCCGCUCGGCUCCCGGCUGUCUAGCGUUGUUUUUAUAGUCUACUUUUGCCAGUGAUAUACUAUAUAGCAGCUAUAAUAUAACUGCUGUCCUAUUGUAAUUACACUGGCUGUCAGUCUGAGUUCGAGCAUAGUGUAAAAGACAAAACAAUAAUAAAAGACAAUAGCGUUUAUAAGGGCUUUUCUCCAUCCCAUCAUAUCCAAAGCGUAUUAUUUAAGUGGUUGUUAUGUAUACAGUAUAUAGCUUUAUAUGGUUUUUUUCCCCCCGGAGGGUCUCGGGUGUCGCUGUCUGUAAGAAUCAGACUGCGGGAUCAGUUUCACUCUUUGUCGGCUCAGAAUGGGGCGGAGGAAGCGGACCCAUUAGGGAACUAUAAAUGAGCUGCGCACACACCGGUCGCAUGCAGAGGACCGCAUUUUGGUCCCAAUUUCUAAUUCGAUUAAAUAAGACAUAAACCAGAAAGUCGCACAGAUCCUCCGCGGUGCGAAGACACCUACCCCCAUAAGCUCCCCGCCGCUUUCUGCCUCGCUUUCCGCUCGCUUGCCAUGCCCAUCACGGCGUGGGCUCACUGUUCCUGGCUUGUCCCGCUGCUUCUUGCCCUUGUGUGGUUGGUGGAGGUGGGAGCCAAAGCCAACGCCAUCCGACCAGUCAGACCGGGGGAGUCUGCAGCCGUGCCGAUGGAGCGCACAGCCGGUCCCACGGCCACCGGCUUCAGGAAGGGGAACAGCCCUGUCCAGGUGCAGCCCUGCAGUAACGAUGAGGAGUGUGGCGUGGGAAGCUACUGCCACGCCCCCCUGCGGGGCUCCGCCCGCUGUGCCGCCUGCCGCAGGAGGAGAAAACGCUGCUACGGCGACAGCAUGUGCUGCCCUGGAAGCCGCUGCAGCUACAAUAUCUGCAUUCCCGUCUCGGAGAGCAUCCUGUCUUCCCAAAUCCCAGCACCGGAAGAUCAUAACAAGUAUUCAGCUAAAGGGAGCAUCUGGAAAAAGAACAGAAGAGUGAAGAUUUCCUUUGCCAAAGGCCACGAGGGCAGCCCCUGCCUGCGCUCCUUGGACUGCGCAGAUGGCUACUGCUGCGCCCGUCACUUCUGGACCAAGAUGUGCAAGCCAGUGCUGCGGCAGGGCGAGGUUUGCACGCGCCAGCGCAGGAAGGGCUCCCACGGCCUCGAGCUCUUCCAGCGCUGCGACUGCGCCAGGAAUCUCACCUGCGCACCCUGGAACGACGCCGCCACCGGCUCCCGCUCACGGUUGCACGUUUGCCAGCGGCCAUGACGGCCAAGAGGGGGCGACGCGGAGCUCCGGGGUGCGGAGGUGCCGCCAGGUUGGAGCCGGAGGUGAGCUGAGGAGGAGGGGGAAGUGGAGAGCCUGACUGAGGAGCGGUGAAGCGCAGCUGAGCUGGCCGACGGCCUCCGUGCCUCUCGGAGAACAGACAUGUUUCACGCAGUGUGUGUGCCGAGCAGUCAUGGGAACAGGCUUGAGAGAACACUGUCGCAUUCUCAUGUUCACACGCUAAGUCUCACAUGUUGAGCUGCAUGCCAGGAUGCUGCGUGUGCUGCUGAGGGACUGACAGGGACUAGGAUUUCCAGAAACCCAUGCUAGGACAGCCACCGUAUGGCCAUGGGGAGACGCUGUACGGUGUCACGCUACAUGUGCCAGGAUAUACCCGCAACGGACAACUCCAUCUUUCACAGACGACACGGCAUAUCGAUAUCGGUCAGGGUGUGAGGAUCAAACAGUGAAUGAUGGAGGGUCUGCUUGGAAUGAUUUAAUAUCCUCCUGGGGGCCUUCAUCUGGCCAAGCUGAGGGCACUGUGGCCCCUUGUGUGUCAGCAGUAUCUCUGCAUGCUUGGGGGGCCGAGGGGGAGUGCUGAGGAACUGUGAAACAAAUGUAAUUAAAAUUUAUUUAUAAAAACAGUCAUAUUGCUUUUGUUACUAAGUAUUUCAUUGAUACAUGAAGUACUAGAACCUUUUCAUUUUACAGACAGUAAUGUGGCAAAUGAGUGGUUUGGCUCAUUGAAUGUUGUCUGUUGCAGAUACAUGAACCAAUAUCAGAAAAACAUUCUUUGAACUAUUUUAAUCGUUCAACAGAAAUUUUAGUAACUUCAGUUAUGGCUGUUACCUAUUAAAAUAAAAUUGCCCAAAUUCCCUUGUUAAACAUUAUUAUUGAAUAUGAGGGCAUUUGCAUAUCGCUUAGAUAUGAGCUGACAAUUGUUUGAAAUUAUACUUUACCUUUAAAUUAUACUUUAUAGCUUUAAAUUUGUCUUUACUGAGACAUGAUUAUUUAGGUCUUAAAGGUGAUCAUUUAUGCUUAAAUAUUUAAUAAUUACUUUUUUCCAAAAAGUACAAACAUUCUUAUGUAGUUAUAUUCAGUUUUCUGUUCCUUUAAAAAAUCUUUUUAAAAAAUGUAUUAAACAUUUCAUCUCAUAUGACUUGAUUUAUCGUCUAUUAUUAUCAUCACAGUAAAGAGCCUAUAAAUACUAUAAAUGUUUUGUGAUUUCAGUGAUUCUCAGAACAAGAAUAUUAAUUUAGAACUUCAUAUAAGAUGUUUGCUUAAAAAUGUGGCACAAAGAUUUUAUUUAAAAAGAACAACAAUUAUUCAAGAGGAAAUGUGUAUCCCUUACAAUAGAU